GCGGGACAUCCAGCCAACCAAUCAUGACUCUCCGUACAGACCAAUCGGAUUGCAGAGAGGGUUCUCUUCCUGUUUAGCUGUGGGAAUUAUUAACGGGCCUCUCCGCCACCACACAGACCACUGAAAUAUAAAGACCCAUCAUCCCAGUUUACGCGGUCCACGAGCGGCGGUGAUGGGGGGCAUCAAACAGGAGCAGAGUGAAGCAUCGCAACAGUCCAAGCCUUCACAUUCAGCGGAGCAACCACAAGAAGAGCCAAAGAAGAGAGGCUGGCCAAAGGGAAAGAAAAGAAAGAAGGUUCUGCCAAAUGGUCCCAAGGCACCAGUAACCGGAUAUGUCCGCUUCCUCAACGAGCGGCGAGAACGUAUGCGGGCCAGAUACCCCGACUUACCUUUCCCAGAAAUCACCAAGAGACUUGGAGCAGAAUGGACCCAAUUGGCCCUUAACGACAAACAGCGCUACCUGGACGAGGCGGAACGGGAGAAGAUGCAGUACGCCCAGGAACUGAAGGAUUACCAGCAGACUGAGGCUUUUCACAUCACCACUGCGAAGAUACAAGACAAGAGGAUCAAGAAAGAAGACACUCCAUCUGUCAUCAUCAGCACCAGUUCAGAGACCUCGGUAUCAAAGGCUUCUGACCUCACCAGAGGAUUCGACAUCCCCAUCUUCACAGAAGAAUUCCUCGAUCAGAACAAAGCUCGAGAGGCCGAGCUGCGGCGGCUCCGAAAGGCCAACAUUGAGUUUGAAGAGCAGAACGCAGUGCUUCAGCGGCACAUCAAGGACAUGUACAGCGCUAAAGAGCGGCUGGAGGCUGAACUGGGGCUGGACGAGAAGCGCACCCAGGCUCUUCACCAAAACCUGCUGACCAUUAAACACACUUUGGUCAACAGCCUGUCAUCAGUUCCACUACCAGGUACGGGAGAGACGGCGUCCCACGGGAACCUGGACUCCUAUCUGAGUCGUCUCAGCGGGGUGCUGGAGGGAAACCCUCACAAGCACCGCGCACUGCUCACCCAGCUCUGCGACGUCCUCGCUCAUGUGGACAGUGAGAAGUUUUGAGGGAGACUUCAGCGAGCCUCUCCUUCCUGCUACAGAGGGACCCGGCGUCGGUUCAAGUCAGGGCCAAACGAGCAUGUGGAUAUCUCAAGGAUAGUAAAGGCAAAGGUGCAAAAAGUUCUAAAAGACACACACACACACAGUCCGCGUCUACAUGCCUCUUCUUUAUGAAUAUGUGUAUAUGGUAGAAAAGGUAUAUGGAUGAGUUUUUGUGAAUGUAAAUCUGUCUGGCAGGGUUUGGGGUUUUUACACUUUUCAUUAAAUGUAAUGUAAUAAUAUCUUAAAAUCUGCUUUAAUUAAGUCAAAUUGGAUUGAGCUUAACCUCAUGGUGCAGGAUAUGUAGUUACCUUCAGGCUCACGACCUGACCAAUAAGACCAACGGAAUUAUUUGUUUACAAUAAAUGUCAUUUGGCAUUUUAUGGGUGGGCUAAUGUGUAGUGUUAUUUAGAACGCAUGAAAAAGAAAAUAAAAAAAACUGGAAAGGGUGAAAAUGAAACGUUACGGUUUACAUGUUUGAAAUUACAUUGAUGGUGACAGAUGAUUUAAAUGGAUAAAGCUGUCAGAAUAUUAUAUAUUUGUGAAGGUAUAAAUGUAUUUUCUAAAAUGUUCAUUAAACAAUACUGAGAAUCUUUCCAACAAAAGUUGAAUGUGUCA